GGUUCACGAAAACUUGAUCGACGUCGCAGUUUGCUGUGCCCCCGGGUGCCACACAACGUGGGACACCGUUCACCUCUCACCAGGUGUUUCCAUCGACACGGUCCUAACACGGUCCAAAAUGCACAAAGGCUGUUCAGCUCGUCGUUCGCGGAGGGGAACUUGGCAGACACGAGAAGGUGGGAGAGGUUUGCAUGCACGAUUGCACGAUGUCGAAAUGAGGGGUGAGGGAAUGCAAGGCAUCCACGGCUAUGGUUCUGUUUGCCUCAUAUGCCAGCCUUUCUAGUGACCUGUCCCUGGGCUUGGCCGAUCUGCUCGCCAGCCCCAGCACCCGUGGGCUUCCGGCAGUCCUUCGAAACCUUACACUGAGCAAUCUACUUGUCGAAAACAACUGCGCAACGGCUUCACGAGUGCUCGCCGGUAACCAACAUGCCAUAUCCGAGGCCAAUGGAUAUCUUCCCGCCUUGCCAUUCAUGGGCGUCUACUCGUUGCUUCAGGAUUGUGCGCCGGCCUCGGUGGAUGUCUCGAAUCUCACAUAUGGCCAAGCGAUCGACUGGUUCGUCCGUCAGCAACAGUCUGAUCCAAAUGGUGCCUUGUCGCUACUGGAAGAUUUGAGGGACUCGAAGGAAUGCCAUAUCGACUUUUGCAACAACCUGCAGUGGGAGGGUAAUCCUGAUCUUUCAGGGAUCGGUGUCUACAUCGUCUACCUUCUUCAAGCUGCCGUCACAGCCGUCUUCCUGCUUUCCCACGUCGUCUUCUACAUCCAAGAUCGACUCUAUUCUCGACAACAUCCCGAAAGGGCCGGCAAGCCCCGUCCAAGGACCAUUCGCAAAGCGUUCGACCAAUGCCUUGAGGCCUUCUGGAUAUCGACAUACAUCUUCACAUUCGCCCUCGAUAUUGCCUCCCUCGCUCUCAACGUCGUCAACAAGGGGCAGGGGUCCGUUUACUCGGGCUACUUUAGCUUCUUGGGUGUACUGAUCUCCGUUGCGGUCCUCAUCUGCCUUUAUCCCUGGUUUCCCGGCCGGCGAAAGUACCCAGUUCUUACCUUUGCGAGCAUCUUUAUCCUCUUCGUCUUUAUGGCGAUUACGAGCUUUACCUUUUUCACUCUGGAAGACCACCUGUCCUAUUUUGAGGAGUUCUGCCUGAAAAGGGAUUGUCGGUCCACACACCAGAUCGAACAUCUCCUCAAUGUUACCCCUUGGGUUGUAGCAGGAAUAACUGUCUUCUGGGGGAUUGUCAUAUGGUUCAUUCACAUACUACGGAAACGGGACUCGGACGUCUUGAAUGACUACAAGGUUGCUUCGGUCAUCCAUACACUGGGUGGCUUGCUUGUCGCGGCAAGUUUUGGCGUGAUGUGGACUGCGCUUUUCUACUUUAUCCAUCUUCGGACACGCACCGCGGGACUAGCCGGAGAUUCCUAUUCUGAAAAUGAAUGGGGGUUUGGACAGAUCUUGGCCUUGGUUGCCAUGAUGCCGCUGUUUGUGCAGUUCUUUGCCAUAUGCUUGGGUGAGUGUUACUGUCCGGGUAUCUGCCAUCCGGUUCGCAUACCAACGCUAACGUUGAUGUCUCCAGUCAAUAUCUUGGAACGAUAUAGCUCCCAACAUCCAAAGUGGCACAAGCUCGUCAGUCCCACCGACCAGUCCGAGAAACGAAGAACCUGGCCAAUCCGAUCCCCGUCCGAAUCCUCCGAUACAUUUGCCAUCUUGAAACGGCCGACCCUACCAACGGUGGACGAAAAGCUUGAGGAAGAGUACGAUAGGGACAAUGCUGCCCAGCCGAGAACAUACGCGACGAUUCAACAGAUGGACGUGAUGUACAUGGGGGAUGAUAAGCUGGGAGCCAUGAUGUAUGGUCGGGAUUUGGUAUAGAUUGAUGGAUCGAGUGGGGUGCUGGGAUUGUAUACAGCAAGUGUAUGUUUUCCUCUGAAGCGUACAGCGGAGCAUUAUAUCAAGCCGCAUCUUCCCAGAUCCCAAUAUGAUAUUUACCAUUACAGAAAUCAUAUACAGAU